CAAGCCAAACUACACUGCCAUAGUCUAGCCGAGUCAUCACCAUUAUCUGUCAUUCUCCUCUACCUUUUCCCCAAAUACCAAAGCAACAUACAUUCACUUCCCAGUAUACAAAUGAAGCUGCAAAUACAACAGCAAAACCUGUUCUUGGUGCCAUUUUUCUUGCUCUUUAUUGCUGCUUUUCCUUCAAAAGCAAAUGGGUCUCUGCUACCAUUUAUAGAUCCUCCCAGCAGUCUAUUGGCUGAUCUAUGGUCUGAUCGCUUGCCAGACCCAUUUCGUGUGCUAGAACAGAUUCCAAUUGGGGUUGGCAAAGAUGAACCAUCCAUGGCUCUAUCACCCACAAGAGUGGACUGGAAGGAGACACCAGAGGGGCAUGUGAUAAUGCUGGACGUGCCAGGGUUGAAGAGAGAUGAGAUAAAGAUAGAGGUGGAAGAGAAUAGGGUGUUGAGAGUAAGUGGUGAGAGAAAGAAGGAGGAAGAGAAGAAAGGUGAUCACUGGCACAGGGUGGAGAGGUCCUAUGGCAAGUUUUGGAGACAAUUUAGGUUGCCGGAAAAUGUUGACUUGGAUUCUGUGAAGGCUAAGUUGGAAAAUGGGGUGCUUACUUUGACACUUGAAAAGCUGUCACCUGAUAAGAUCAAAGGUCCCAGGGUGGUGAGCAUUGCUGGGGAGAAUGAGGAACCAGCCAAGCUAACCAAUGAUGGGGCCAAGCAAGAGCUUUGAAUGAGUUGGUGGAUCAUGGAGACCAAGUUAAUCUUUCUUGAGUGUCAGUGAAUGAUCAGUUAUUAAAAUGGAAAAUGCUUUUUAAUUCUGCGUUUAAUUUGUGAAUAAAAAGGUUCCACCAAGACCUUUGGUGGUUUUGGUGGAAGGAAUGGGUUGUUAGUUAAUCUUUGAUGAGAAGAUGAGUGAGUCAACUGUCAAGUUGUAAUGUACAGGCUUUACUACUCUCGUAAUAAAUUGAC